GUGAACACCCUGAGCGGAGGGGCUGCUGUGGGUGUCUGAACGUUCGAUCCCAGGUUACACCGUUCCAUCCCUGGCUGAGCUACCUGUGUGCGCUGAACGUAUGCUGGUCUAUUAUCCCCUCCUGCACUCUGGUGAGCCCUGCUGCGCCGGGGUGUUGUCUGGACAUACAAGAAUGUCAGAGGAGACUUGCUGGCUGGUUAUAUGGUGAUGACCUGGAGGUGGAGCAGGCAGUGGCUGAAAAAUCAUGACGGUCUUCAGACAGGAGAAUUUGGAGGAUUAUUAUGAGAUUGGGGAAGAGCUUGGAAGCGGGCAGUUUGCCGUGGUAAAGAAAUGUCAGGAGAAGGGUACUGGCAUGCAGUAUGCUGCAAAAUUCAUCAAGAAGAGAAGAACCAAAUCGAGCCGGCGUGGGGUGACCCGGGAGGAUAUCGAGAGGGAGGUCAGCAUACUUAAAGAGAUUCAGCAUCCCAAUGUGAUCACACUUCAUGAGGUGUACGAGAACAAAACUGAUGUCAUUCUCAUUCUGGAACUAGUUGCAGGUGGGGAGCUCUUUGACUUUCUGGCUGAGAAGGAGUCACUGACUGAGGAAGAAGCCACAGAGUUCCUCAAGCAAAUCCUUAAUGGUGUGAAUUACCUUCAUUCUCUGCAGAUUGCCCACUUUGAUCUCAAGCCAGAAAAUAUUAUGCUUCUCGACAGGAACACUCCAAAGCCUCGCAUUAAGAUCAUAGACUUUGGACUUGCUCACAAGAUUGACACUGGAAAUGAAUUCAAGAAUAUCUUUGGAACACCAGAAUUUGUUGCUCCAGAAAUUGUGAAUUAUGAGCCUCUUGGCCUUGAGUCAGAUAUGUGGAGUAUUGGUGUCAUAACCUAUAUUCUACUGAGUGGUGCAUCUCCGUUCCUCGGUGAAACAAAGCAGGAAACACUAGCUAAUAUAUCUGCUGUGAGCUAUGAGUUUGAGGAAGAGUUCUUCAGUAGUACAAGUGACCUGGCCAAAGAUUUCAUCAGGCGACUUCUUGUCAAGGACCCAAAGAAAAGGAUGACGAUUAAAGACAGUUUACAUCACCCAUGGAUUAAGCCUAAAGAUACACAACAGGCACUCAGUAGAAAAGCCUCAGCUGUAAACAUGGAAAAAUUUAAAAAGUUUGCUGCGCGAAGAAAAUGGAAACAAUCUGUCCGUUUAAUCUCACUGUGCCAAAGAUUGUCCAGAUCGUUUUUGUCCAGGAGCAACAUGAGCAUUGCUAGAAGUGAUGACACCCUGGAUGAAGAAGACUCAUUCGUAAUGAAGGCCAUAAUUCAUGCCAUAAAUGAUGAUAAUGUUCCUGGCUUGCAACAUCUCCUUGGCUCUAUGACAAACUAUGAUAUUAACCAGCCAAACAAGCAUGGCACUCCUCCGUUAUUAAUUGCUGCAGGCUGCGGAAACAUCCAAAUGCUAGAAUUGCUAACAAAACGUGGAGCACUUAUUGAAAUACAGGAUAAGGCUGGUUCCAACGCAAUGUACUGGGCGUCCCGUCAUGGUCAUGUUGAGACAUUGAAAUUUCUUCAUCAGAACAAGUGCCCUUUAGAUAUUAAGGAUAAGUCUGGAGAGACUGCUCUUCACGUUGCAGCCCGUUAUGGCCACGUUGAUGUCAUACAGUAUCUAUGCAGUAUCGGAUCACUUCCAGAUAUUCAGGAUAAGGAAGAAGAAACUCCUCUUCACUGUGCUGCCUGGCACGGUUACUACCCUGUUGCAAAAGCUCUGUGCCAAGCUGGCUGCAGUGUUAACAUUCGCAACAGAGAAGGGGAGACGCCCAUUCUGACUGCAUCGGCGAGAGGAUACCACGAUAUUGUGGAAUGCUUGGCUGAACACGGAGCUGACCUUAAUGCAACAGACAAGGAUGGGCACAUAGCCCUGCACCUUGCAGUGAGAAGAUGUCAGAUGGAAGUAGUUAAAACCCUCAUCACUCAGGGGUGCAUUGUAGACUUCCAGGAUCGUCAUGGUAACACGCCCUUGCAUGUUGCCUGCAAAGAUGGGAAUAUUCCUAUUGUUAUGGCGCUCUGUGAAGCUAACUGUAAUUUGGAUAUCCCUAACAAGUAUGGACGGACUCCUUUACACCUGGCAGCAAAUAAUGGCAUCCUGGAAGUGGUUCGGUACCUUUGUAUUGUUGGUGCUAACGUGGAGGCGUUAACCAUGGAUGGAAAGAGCGCAGAGGAUUUAGCCCGAGCAGAGCAGCAUGAGGCCGUAGUCAAUUUGCUCGCUAGACUCCGGAAGGACACCCACCGAAGUCUGUUUAUCCAGCAGCUCAGGCCCUCGCAAAGCCCACAGCCUAGAAUAAAGCUGAAAUUAUUUGGACAUGUAGGAUCAGGAAAAACAACACUGGUGGAGUCCCUAAAAUGUGGACUUAUUCGGAGCUUUUUCAGAAGGCGCAGACCCCGUCUUUCAUCCACCAAUUCAAGCCGUAUUCCCUCCUCCCCAUUGUCUUCCAAGACAUCUGUUUCAGUGAGUAUCUCUGAUCUUUACCCUGGCUGCGAGAAUGUCAGUGUAAGAAGUCGAAGCAUGAUGUUUGAACCAGGCCUGACAAAAGGCGUUCUAGAGGUGUUUGUCUCACCAUCUCAUCACCCUCACUGCUCCACAGAUGACCAGUCCACUAGAGCAAUUGAUAUUCAAAAUGCUAACCUGAAUGGUGUAGGAGAUUUCAGUGUAUGGGAGUUUUCUGGGAACCCAACGUAUUAUUGCAGUUAUGACUAUUUUGCUGCAAAUGAUCCCACAUCCAUCCACGCCAUAGUCUUCAGUCUCGAGGAACCGUAUGAGACCCAGCUGAAUCAAGUCAUUUUUUGGCUGAACUUUUUAAAGUCUCUUGUUCCUGUAGAAGAACCUAUAGCGUUUGGAGGGAAGUUGAAAAACUUGCUUAGAGUUGUCCUGGUGGCCACCCAUGCUGACAUCGUCAAUCUGCCUCGCCCAGCCGGAGGAGAGUUUGGAUACGACAAAGAUAUGUCGCUACUGAAAGAAAUCAAGAAUCGGUUUGGAAAUGAUCUGCAGAUAUCCGACAAGUUGUUUGUCUUGGAUGCUGGUGCGUCUGGUUCGAAGGAUAUGAAGCUUCUACGGAACCACCUCCAGGAAUUGAGAAGCCAACUAAUCACCGCUUGUCCUCCAAUGACCUCUUUGUGUGAGAAAAUUAUCUCCAUUCUGCCAUCUUGGAGAAAGCUAAAUGGACCCAACCAGCUGCUCUCAUUCCAGCAGUUUGUUUAUGAUGUGCAGGAGCAGCUUAAUCCAUUGGCGAGUGAAUACGAUGUACGGAAUAUAGCACAACAACUGCACAGCAUCGGGGAGGUCAACGUAAUGCAGAGUGAGACCGUUCAAGAUGUAGUGCUUUUAGAUCCACGAUGGCUGUGUUGCAAUGUGCUUGGAAAACUUCUGUCUGUGGAGAACCCGAAAGCCCUGCAUCAUUAUCGAGGUAGAUACACCAUGGAGGAUAUUCAACGUCUGGUCUCUGAUAGUGAUGUUGAGGAACUUGUGCAAAUUUUGGAUGCAAUGGACAUAUGUGCCAGAGAUCUUAGCAGUGGAUCAAUGGUAGACAUCCCUGCUCUCAUAAAAACAGACAGCCUUCACAGAUCAUGGACAGAUGAAGAAGAGGACAUCAUGAUUUAUGGAGGAGUUAGAAUUGUUCCUGUGGAACAUCUUACUCCUUUCCCUUCCGGAAUAUUUCACAAAGUCCAAGUCAAUCUGUGCCGAUGGACACAUCAACAGAGCACUGAUGGUGAUGCAGACAUACGCCUUUGGGUAAAUGGGUGCAAAAUUGCAAACCGAGGGGCUGAAGUUUUGGUGUUGCUGGUCAACCAUGGUCAAGGUAUUGAAAUACAAGUGAGAGGCCUGGAAACCGAGAAAAUAAAAUGUUGCUUACUUCAAGAUUCUAUUUGCAGUAUCAUUGACAACUUAUUUUCCACAACAUUGCCUGGACUUUUAACUGUAAAACAUUACUUAAGCCCUCAACAAUUAAGGGAACACCAUGAACCAGUGAUGGUUUACCAACCUAGAGAUUUCUUCCGAGCUCAGGGUCAAAAAGAAACCUAUUUGGCAAACACAAUGGCUGGAUACAAGGAAAGUUUUAGCAGCAUAUUGUGCUUUGGCUGUCUGGACAUUUACGCUCAAGGAAAUUUAGGAAUGGACCAUCACAUUUCAGAUCUGAAUGUUCUAACAAGACGAAAACUCAGCAGACUUUUAGAUCCUCCAGACCCCAUGGGCAAAGACUGGUGUCUUCUAGCGAUGAACCUGGGCUUGCUGGAUUUAGUUGCCAAAUACAAUACGAAUAGCCAUACAACACAAAAAGAUUUUCUUCCAAGCCCAGUUUGUGCUGUUUUGCAAGAAUGGAGUAACUGUUCUGAAAGUACUGUUGCUGUUUUAAUGUCAAAACUGAGGGAACUUGGGCGCAGAGAUGCAGCAGAUUUCUUACUCAAAGCAUCCAACAUAUUUAAGGUGCAUCUGGAUGUCCAUGGACAAGAAGCUUAUGCAGGAAGCUGUAACAGCGGCACUUCCUAUAAUUCAAUCAGCUCAGUAGUGUCACGAUGACUAUGGAUUGGCAUGAAUUUACCUCUGUUAUACUGAAACCAGUGUAAAAGAAUUAAGCUCUGAUAAGUGUUACUAGAGUUUGAGUCUUUAAUCGUUAAUUUAUAAGCUUCCAUUUAGGAAUGCGACAUGCCCUUAAAAUCUUGUAAUAGAUCUUUGUACUUUUUAGUAAGAAAUAUUAGAUUUUAUCAUAGCUUUUUAAAGGAUCAUACUUUUCAACACAGUCCAGAUUUCUCUACAAAUGUGCUGCUAAUUACUGCCAUCUGGAUAAAUUUGUCCAUUUUGUUUUUAUUUUUUUAAACUGAUUAUUUUGUAAAUUUUCCUAAUCUAUUUGCACAGUUGUUAAUUUGUAUAAAUCAUGGUCGCCUAUUGAUUUUGCUUAAUGUUUUAUAUUCAAAGGAGGAGCAAGAAGAUAUAGAUGUGAAGUAGGUGCUAAGUUGUUGCAUUUCAGAAACGCGGAACUGUAAACACCUAGAUUGCGAUCCGUCAGGAUAUGUACUGCGAUAAAUUUACAUCUCCCUCUACCUCUUCAGUCUGCAUGAUAACUGUAACAUGAGUAUUUCAUAUACUGCUGUGCUUUAUAUGCAAGGUACUCGUCCUGCUUUAUAAAGAUCACAGUAGUUAAA